AUGAGGUGGUUUCUGCUCUUCUCUGAAUGGCUUGUGGACUGGGCUCGUGGCACAUACUGGUACCUGUUUGGCAGGAGAAGUGGACUGUGCAAGGAGACCAUAAGCCUUCCAGGCCCACUAGCUACAGAUGAAAAGAAAAAGAACAGAGUGCUUCGAAAAGUAUUUGAUGAGUUUGAGGUGCCCAGAAACCUGGACGUUAUUGUGAUUGGCAGCGGUAUCGGUGGUUUGACAGCAGCGGCAGUUUUAGCCAAACUAGGAAAGAAAGUCCUGGUGUUGGAGCAAGACAAGCAGGCAGGAGGCCUGUGUAAGACCUUCACUGAAAAAGGCUUUGAGUUUGACUGUGGCUUCCAUUAUGUUGGACAACUUCAUGAAAACGGCUUCCUGAAAGUUGCGCUGGAUCUGAUCACUGAUGGCCAGGUGCAUUUUGCUGAGCAGGGUUUCCAUGUGGACACGGUUGUUAUUGGUAAAGGCAAACAACGUAAAGAAUACACUAUCUACAGUGGCAAGAAGCAGAUGGAGGCUCAUCUUAAGAAGCAGUUUCCCAAUGAUACCAAGGCAGUAGAGGAGCUCUUCAAAAUCAUGAAGAUCUGUUCCAAGAAGAUCCAUCUGCUGUGUAUGCUGAAGAUGGUCCCACUCUGGUUUGCUCGCUUCAUACUGUGGAGUGGAAUCGCGGACUUGAUCUCCCCAAUUUUCAGAUACUCCCGCACCAGUACAACAGACGUGGUCAAGUCUUUCACUAGCAACCAAGACCUCCUCACUGUGUUUUCUCAAAUAUUUUAUGGUGUCCCACCCAAAAACAACAGCUGCAUGAUUGACGCCCUCUUCCUUCACCACUCCAAGCGUGGCGUAUACUAUCCUAAGGGUGGUGCUAGCGAGAUCCCGUACCACAUCAUCCAGGUUUUGGAGAGGCAUGGAGGA